AAACACCAAAACAUACCUUCUUUCUCUGUGGGUGGUAUGUCUAUAUAUCACUCCCACCAUCAAAUGCUGAGAAGGUGUAUUUCACACAAGAGUCAUAACUCUCAUCAACUAGAAAUUUCCCAAAACCAUAUUGCGUCUACUCUUCUUCUUCUUUAUGUUGGAUAUCGAAUCUGUUUCCUUUCAAAAGAAACAAACCAUGAGCAUUAUUUCUUCCACAAAAACCCAAUGUUUACCACUUAAAUUCUGUCUCAUCUCUUAAGAUCUUUCUGUUUCACACACCAUUCUGUUCCGUUUUUUCGGCUUCUUGCUCACCAUUGUUGCUUCUUGCAUUUAAACCUUUUGGACCAUUCCUCUGAAAAAGAGAAGAUAAGCAAUUGGGUCAGAGCAAGUUGCUAUAAAGGUCCUAACAGAAACUUUCCCGUGUUAUUCAUCACAAGCUUCAUCACUAUUUAUAACCUACCACCUUGCCAAGAAAAAAAAGCCUUCACCUGCAAGAAACAGCCUUUCACAUAGCAUUUUUUUCUUAUAAGAACUGAUUAACAAGAUGCCAAUCUCUUGUACCAGAAACUUCUUUGAAAGAUUCUGCGUUGAAGAUUACAAUAUUGACAACAUUAAACAGAGUAGUUUCCUCUCCGCCGAUCUUUUGCCAUCUCUUGGAGCUAGAAUCAACCACUCAACCAAGCUCCGUAAACAUAUAAUCUCUCCUUUCAAUUCAAAAUAUAGAGCAUGGGAGAUGUGGCUUGUCCUUCUAGUUAUCUAUUCAGCUUGGAUAUGUCCCUUUCAAUUUGCUUUCAUCACCUACAAAAAAGACGCGAUUUUCAUCAUCGACAACAUUAUCAAUGGCUUUUUCGCCAUUGAUAUUGUUCUCACCUUCUUUGUUGCCUAUCUUGAUAGCCACUCCUAUCUUCUAGUGGACGAUCCCAAGAAAAUAGCAAUAAGAUACCUUUCUACUUGGUUCGCCUUCGAUGUGUGUUCCACUGCACCGUUUCAGCCACUGAGCCUACUGUUCAACUACAACGGCAGCGAAUUAGGCUUCAGAAUUCUCAGCAUGCUCAGGUUAUGGCGGCUCAGACGAGUUAGCUCGCUGUUCGCAAGGCUUGAGAAAGAUAUACGUUUCAACUACUUCUGGAUACGAUGCACAAAACUCAUUUCCGUCACUUUGUUCGCUGUACAUUGUGCUGGAUGUUUCAACUACCUGAUCGCAGAUAGAUAUCCUGAACCAAGAAAGACCUGGAUUGGAGCUGUGUAUCCAGAUUUCAAGGAAGCAAGUCUCUGGAAUAGAUAUGUGACUGCUCUUUACUGGUCUAUUACGACGUUAACUACCACUGGAUAUGGAUAUUUGCAUCCUGAGAAUCCAAGAGAAAUGCUCUUUGACAUUUUCUUCAUGAUGUUCAACCUCGGCUUGACGGCUUACCUUAUUGGAAAUAUGACCAACCUCGUCGUUCACUGGACUAGCCGAACCAGAAGCUUUAGAGAUACGGUGAGAGCUGCUUCAGAGUUUGCUUCAAGAAACCAACUCCCACAUGACAUACAAGACCAGAUGCUCUCACACAUUUGCUUAAAGUUCAAAACAGAGGGCCUGAAACAACAAGAAACCUUGAACAAUUUGCCAAAAGCAAUCCGGUCUAGCAUUGCAAACUAUCUCUUCCUCCCCAUUGUUCAAAACAUUUACCUUUUUCAAGGAGUUUCUCGUGAUUUUCUCUUUCUACUGGUUUCAGAUAUAGAUGCUGAGUAUUUCCCACCUAAAGAAGACAUAAUUCUACAGAACGAAGCGCCUACAGAUCUUUACAUUUUGGUCUCAGGAGCAGUGGACUUUGCAUCUUAUGUCGAUGGUCAUGAUCAAAUUCAAGGGAAAGCAGUUAUUGGAGAUACGUUUGGAGAGAUUGGAGUUUUAUGCUAUAGACCACAACCUUUUACGGUAAGAACAACAGAGUUAUCUCAAAUACUACGCAUAAGCAGAACAUCACUGAUGAGCGCGAUGCAUGCUCAUGCUGAAGAUGGACGAGUUAUAAUGAACAAUCUCUUCAUGAAACUUAGAGGACAACAAUCAAUAGGAAUAGACGCUACAAAUAAUGAUCAAGAAAACAGAGAUUUCCAACGAAUGGGAUGGGAAGAGUGGAUGGAUUCAAGAAUAGAUUGCAAGGGUUCAGAUGUUUCAAACUCGACUUCCGAAAAUGGAGAAAAGGCUCUGAUGGAUGCCAUUCACAAGGGAGAUAUUGAAAUGGUUAAGAAGCUACUUAAACGAGGGAUUAACAUAGAGGAACCAAAGGUUCUAACAGAAGCAAAAGGAGGAAACUCAAAUAGCGAAACCAAACAAAGAAGUAACGAUUCAGAUCAAUGUUGUAGCUCCAGCAUCCAAGCUAAAGUAAAAGAUAAGAGAGUUACUAUUCACAUGUUGUCUCAAGAGAAGGAUCCACAGCGCCAUAACGGGAAGUUGAUACUCUUACCUACAUCUAUAGAAGAGCUUCUAGGUCUAGCAGGUGAAAAGUUUGGAGGAUGCAAUUUCACAAAGAUCACCAAUGCAGAGAAUGCUGAGAUUGAUGAUUUAUGUGUCAUUCGGGACGGUGAUCAUUUGUUUUUUCAUCAAAUUGAGUUUGAAGGUAGAAAUUGAAACUU